AACAGCAAGAGCUGGAUGAAGCCUUCAAUGCUAGCAAAUUCAGCUUUACUACAGUAGUCAGGUUGUAUGGCACAUUAAUCGUUUAGCGUGGAGUAUCGACUAGCGACGGAAUUGAUCCGAGAGAAGAGUUUCUAUGCUAGCUAGGAAGCGAUCGAUAAGCAUCGGCAAAUUCAAGGCGAACAUCCGUCUAUCUCACGACUGUGACUGACUCUGCUUGCAUGGCAUGGCGUUUCGCGGCUCCACUCUCGCCGUGCCCCUGAGCAUGGCCUCAGACAUGGAAUCAGCACCUGGUUCUUCCGCCGCCCUUCGCGGCCACCUGGCAGACAUGGGAUUCAGGGAAGCGGAAAGCAUAGUGGGAGGUAGAUCGGGCACGGGGGGGGAAGGGCGGGAUCAGCAGUCAGCGAUGGUACUGGCGGCGGUGGCGGAGUCGAUAGAGAUGCUGCGCACGGCGGGGAGCGACGCGGACGAGAAGGAGCGCGUGGCCAUGCAGCUCAGCCAGCUGGCGGAGACCAGCGUCGACGCGCGCGCGGCCAUCGGCUACCACGCGCAAGCCAUUCCGCUGCUCGUGGGGCUCGUGCGCUCGGGCACGCUGCCCGCGCGCACGCAUGCGGCGGCGACUCUGGGGGCGAUCUGCGACGAGCAGGAGCUGCGCGUGAAGGUGCUGCUGGGCGGGUGCAUUCCGCCCAUGCUGGCGCUGCUGCGCAACGGCCCCAAGGACUCGCAGAUGGUGGCGGCGGAAGCGCUCUUCGCCAUGUCCAAGGCGGGUUCGGGUCGCGACGCCGUGGGCUCGCGGAUCUUCGCGUCGGAGGGCGUGGUGCCGGCGCUGCUGCAGCAGCUGCAGAAGCACGCGGGCAUCCACCCGGACGUGCUGGGGCUUGUCACGGGCGCCAUGCGCAACCUGUGCUACGCGGUGCCGGGCUUCUGGCGCACGGUGGAGGCGGCGGGCGGCGUGGAGAUCUUCACGAGCAUGCUGUCCAUGGGGCGCCCCGCCACGCAGGAGAACGCCGCCGCGCUGCUCACCAGCUUCCUCACCAGCCCCUACCUCGCGCACCCCAAUGCGGCCGCCGCGGCCGCGCAGCAGCAGGCCAAGGGCAAGACUCCUGCGGCUACAGUGGCGGCAGCAGCGGCGGCGGCGGCGGUGGCAGCCAUGGAGGGCGGGGAAGGGCUGGAGGAGGCGGCAAAGGCGGCGGCUAGAGUGGUGGAGGCCGGCGCCAUUCCGCCGCUCCUCGCGCUGCUGCAGCCGGGUCGGGAGGUGGCGGUCAGGACCGAGGCGGCUGGGGCGCUGCGAGCAAUCUCAGCCGUGCACGUGGCGGCGCGGGAGAAGAUCGCGGCGGCGGGGGGAGUGGGCAUGUUGAUCCGCGCGACGAUGGCCCCCUCGGCGGAGAUGAUGCAGACGGGGUACGCGCAGGUGCUGCAGGAGAACGCCAUGGGCGCGCUCGCCAACAUUGCGGGGGGCAAGGCGGAGGUCGUCGCGUCGCUCGCGGCGGCGGUGAGCAGCGCACACUCGGACCGCGAGCUGGCGGACAACAUCGGCGCGCUGGCAUACGCGCUGAUGGUGCUGGAGGAGGACGACGAGGAGGGCGCGGCGGAGGACGGCGAGGGCGGGGGCGGCAGCAAGGUGGACGCAGAGGGCAUCGAGCGCGCGCUGGUGGAGAAGCUGAGCCCGCUGCGGCCGGCGUCGGCGCUGGUGCAGGAGCGGUCGAUCGAGGCGCUGGCGAGUCUGUACGGCAACGGCGUGGUGGCGCGCGGGCUGAGCAACGCGGAGGGCAAGCGCAUGCUGGUGGGGCUGGUGACGCUGUCGCCGGGCGACGCGCAGGCGGAACUGGUGGAGGCGCUGUUCAACGUGUGCGUGCAGGGCGCGGACCUGUGGAGCGCGCUGCACGGGCGCGAGGGCGUGCUGCAGCUGGUGGGGCUGCUGGGGCUGUCGACGGAGGACCAGCAGGAGUGCGCGUGCGCGCUGCUCGCCAUCCUCAGCCACGAGGAGGACGAGAGCAAGUGGGCCAUCACCGCCGCCGGAGGCAUUCCCCCCUUAGUGUCGCUCCUGGGGACAGGCACGGCCAAGGCCAAGGAGGACGCGGCGGAGCUGCUGGGUAACCUAUGUUCUUAUAACGAGGAUAUUCGCGCGUGCGUGGAGACGGCGGACGCGGCCCCCGCGCUGUUGCAUCUGCUGGGCAGCGGGACGGAGAGGGCCCAAGCGGCGGCGGCGCGCGCUCUUAUGCGGCUGGUGUCGGGCGGGAGCAGCGGCGCGAGCGGCGCGAUCGGGCAGCUGACGGGCAUUCUGGUGGCGGAGGUGCCGGAGUCCAAGGUGCACGUGCUGCGCGUGCUGGGCCAGCUGCUCGCCGACUCGCCCGACGCCGCGGACGACGGCAGCGCGGCCAACGAGGCGCUUCAGACGCUCGUCGCGCUCGUCGAGUCGGAGCGCGAGGAGACGCAGGAGAGCGCGGCGGCGGUGCUGGCGAAUCUGUUUGCUGCGCGGGAGGAUCUGCGCGAGGGGCCGGUGGCCGCGGAGGCGAUACCCCCGCUGGUGCGGCUGGUGGAGGACGGCGGCGAGCCCGUGGCCAUGCAGGCGGCGCGCGCGCUGGCGGCGCUCUUCUGCUCCAUCGACAGCAACGAGGAGGCGGCGCACGCGGCGAGGGCGAGCAUCUUUCCGCUGGUGAAGCUGGCGCGCGCGCGCGAGAUGGCGGUGGCGGAGGUGGCGACCACUGCGCUCGCCAACCUGCUGGCCAACCCCGAGCUGGCUCUGCUGGCUCCGGCGGACGAGGUGGUGCUGCCGCUCUCGCGCCUGCUGCGCGAGGGCACGCCGCACGGUAAGGAGCACGCGGCGGGCGCGCUGGCGCACCUGCUGCACUCCCGGCCGCUGGACGAGGAGCUGGCGGAGAGCAUCCGCCAGUGCAGCACGGUGCUCGCGCUCGUCGCGCUGCUCGCCGUCGGCGCCAGCGAGGACGCGUCCAUGGCGGCGCUGGAGGCGCUGGCGGCUCUGGCGCGUGCCAAGGCGCAGAAUUGGGGUGGGCAGGCGCCGCUGGCAGUGCUGUCGGAGGUGCCGUACUCGAUGGGCCCGCUGGUGGCGGUGCUGGCGGGGGGCUCGGCGGGCAUGCAGGAGAAGGCGGUGGAGGUGCUGUCGCGCCUGUGCAAGGACCAGCCCGUCACGCUGGGCGACAUGAUCGCCGCCACCGACAACUGCGUCGCCGCGCUCACCGCGCGAAUCACGGAGGCGGAGAGUCUGGAGGUGAAGGUGGGCGGCACGGCGCUGCUGAUCUGCGCGGCGAAGGAGCACCGCGCGGCGACCAUGGCGGCCAUGGAGGCGGCGGGCACGCUGCAGCCCGUCGUGCGGUGCCUCGUGGACAUGCUGGCGGCGCAGCAGCAGUCGCCCGACCAGCAGCAGCAGCAGCUGGAGGAGGGCGACGGGGAGGCCUCGGCGGAGGCGUUGGUGAGCAGCGUGGCGCUGUGGCUGCUCGCCGUCAUGGCGAGCCACGACCACCCCACGCGCGCGCUUGUCGCGGCGGCGGGGGCGGUGGAGGUGCUGGUGGACCGCCUCUCGGCGCUGUCGGCAGAGGGGGAGGGGGCGGACGACGCCGGGAUGGACGGUGGGGACGGCACGCAGGCGGGGGACAGCGGGGGUGCGUGGGUGUGCGCGUUGCUGCUGGCGGUGCUGUUCUGCAAUCGCGACGUGGUGCGCUCGCCCGUGGCGCUGAGGGCUAUCCCUCCCCUCGCCUCGCUGCUCACCUCGCCCGACCCCUCGCAGCGCUACUUCGCCGCGCAGGCCGUCGCGUCGCUCGUGGCGAGCGGCAGUCGCGGCACGCUGCUCGCCAUCGCCAACAGCGGCGCCAUCCCGCUGCUCCUCGCGCUGCUGGGGCGCGCGGAGGCGGACGUGGCGCACCUGCGCGCGCUGGCGGACGACUUUGAACUGGCGGGCAGUCCGGAGCAGGCGGCGCUGGAGAAGCUGUUCCGCUGCGACGACAUCCGCGCGGGCCGCCACGGCAGCGUGGUGGUGCCGCAGCUGAUCGCGCUGCUGACGCCCAACGCCGACCAGCCCAGCGCGCCCGCCGUCGCCAUCGGGCUGCUCACGCAGCUGGCGGGCGGCAGCAGCGCGAACCGCGUGGCCAUGGCGGACUACCGCAUCCUGGAGGCGCUCACCACGUACCUCACGCUCGGCCCCCAGGAGGCGAUGGAGGAGGCGGCGGUGGAACUGCUGCGGGUGCUCUUCCAGGCGGACGACCUGCGCCUGCACGCCGCGGCGCCCGCCGCCAUGGACCAGCUUGUCGCCGUGCUCAGAGUGGGGUCCAGAGGGGCGCGCCUGCCGGCCGCGGCGGCGCUGGAGGCGCUGUUCGCCGUGGACGCCCACCGCAGCAGCGACGCCGCGCUGCACGCGCUGCACCCGCUCGUCGACAUGCUGGGCAGUGGGGGGGCCGCCGCUGCUGGCGCUGCCAGUGGGGCUGCUGGCAGCGGGGCAGUGGAGGGCGAGCAGCGGGCGGCAGCGGCAGCGCUGUGCCAGCUGGCACAGGGCAAUGUGGGUCGGGUGCUGCAGGCGUGUGAGGAGGGGGGCAUUCCGCUCAUGGCCACCAUACAGCGACUGCUGGAGGCCCCAGACCAGCCGCCCGCUGGCGGCGGCAGCAGCUACGACAAGGGGGGGGCGGAGGUGAAGGCGGCGGUGGUGGAGCUGCUGCAGAUCCUCUUCACCUUCCCGCGCGCGCGCUCCGGCCCCGUCGCCGCCGCGCUCAUCCCGCCGCUCGUCGUGCUGCUGCUGCACCCGUCGCCCACGCUGCAGUACCGCGCGGCGGGCGCCGUGGACGCCGUGAUGGAGGACGAGCACCAGGCGGACGUGGUGGCGGGGUGCAGCGCCGUGGCGCCGCUCGUCAGCCUGCUGGAGGGCGACCGCCAUGGGCUGCAUGCAGCGGCCAGCAGUGCGCUCUUCAAGCUGGCGAGGGACCGGCGGCAGUGCAAGCUGGACAUGGCGGGCGCAGGGGUCAUCGAACGCAUCAUUGCCAUCUUCCCUUCGGCGCCCAUCGCGCUGUGCUCGCUGUUCGCCGAGCUGCUGCGCGUACUCACCAACAACUCCACCGUCGCCAAGGGCGCCGCUGCUGCACGCCUCGUGGGCCCCGUGUUCGCCAUGCUGCGCCAGGCGGAGCUGUCCCCCGCUGCACAGACCAGUGCGCUGCAGGCGCUGGUGAACGUGCUGGAGAAGCCCGGGCGCCUGGAGGCCCUGGAGCUGGCCCCGUGCGACGCCAUGGAGCCGUUGGUGCCACUGCUGCUGUUGCCCUCGCUGGUGGUGGCGCAGCUGGCGGCGGGGCUGCUGGCGCACGUGCUGUCGCUGGAGGCCUUCCAGAGCGAUGGCAUCACGGCCGCUGCAGCAGCGCCGCUGGUGCGGCUGCUGGGCAGCGAGCUGGAGUCGCUACGCACAGAGGCGCUCAAGGCACUGGAGCUCGUGUCCGCGUGCUGGCCGGGCGCCAUCGUGGAGGCGGGCGGCAUCGACGAGCUCUCAAGGCUCGUGGCCACGGCACCGCACCCCAUGUGGCAGAUGGCGGCGACGGUGCUGGCCAACGUGCUGCGCGCGCACGACAAGUGUGCGGCGCAAGUGCCUGUGCCCGUGCUGGUGCGCCUGCUCAUGGCCAACACCGAGCCCGUGCAGGUGGUGGCGCUCUCCGCCCUGCUGGCGUUGGAGCGCGAGGACCCGUCGCGCGGGGACGAGAUGGCGCGCAUGGGUGUGGUGGACGCGCUGCUGGAGCUGCUGCGCUGCCACCAGGUGGAGGAGGCGGCGGCGCGCCUGCUGGAGGCCAUCUUCAACAACGCGCGCGUGCGCGACUCGCAGACGGCGCUGCGCUCCAUUGCGCCGCUGGCAUCGUACCUGCUGGACCCCAACUCCCUCGACCCCAACGCCAAGCUGCUGGCGGCGCUGGCGCUGGGCGACCUCUUCCAGGAGACCAGCGUGGCGCUCAAAACCGUGGACCUCACGGGCGCGUGCCGCGCGCUGGUGGCGCUGAUGGCGGAGCGGGCGAGCGAGGACCUGGUGAUGGUGGCGCUGUGCGGGCUGCAGAAUCUGGUGGCCAGCUCCCGGUCCAACAAGCGCGCCGUGGCGGACGCGGGCGGCUUCGCGGUGCUGGUGGAGCUGCUGACGGGCGGGUCGGCGGAGGUGACGUCGCAAGCGGCGAACCUGGUGCGGCUGAUGCUGAACAACCACACGGUGCAGGAGUAUGCGACGCCGGAGCUGGUGUCGGCCAUGACGGGCGUGGUGGAGCGCGAGCUGUGGAAGACAGCCAGCGUGAAUGAGGAGGUGCUGCAGGCCAUCGAGGGGCUGCUCGCCACCUUCUCGCGCCUGCGCUUCAGCGAGUGCGCCACGGCCGCCAUCCCGGUGCUGGUGGGCGCCAUGAAGGUGGGCAGCGAGGUGGCGCAGGAGACGGCGCUGAACGUGCUGUGGCUGCUGCGGCAGGGGUGGGCGCAGAGCAAGGAGAUGGCGCGCCUGCAGUCCAUCGCCAUGGGCGACACCAUCCCCGUGCUGCAGCUCAUGCUGCGCUCAGGGCCCAUCAACCUCUACGAGAAGGCCGAGACGCUGCUCUCCGUGCUGCCCGGCAGCCUGUCGGUGUGCGUGAAGCGCGGGGCGAACCUCAAGGCGUCCAUGGGCGCCACCAACGCGUACUGCAAGGUCACUCUGGGGGACACGCCCGCCAAAGUCACCAAGGUGGUGAGCGCCACGAGUGACCCCGAGUGGAAGCAGACGUUCACGUGGCCGCUGGACGCCCCUCCUCGAGGCCAGAACCUCCACAUCUCGUGCAAGAACAAGGGCACUAUUGGCACGAGCUCCCUGGGCAAGGCGACGAUUCAGAUCGACCGGGUGGUGGCGCUGGGAAUGGUGUCGGGGACGUACGUGCUGCAGCCAGAGGGCAACCGGGACGGCACCCAGCGCACCAUCGAGGUCGACUUCAUGUGGUCCAACCGCUGAUAAACUUCCAUCCACCUGCUGAUGAUGGUGGACCUCAUAUGGUCCAAUCAUUGAUAUAUUCUUGCAGCGCCUGGGGUGCGCUUGAGCAGCACAUGCUCUCAGUGCACCAUGGCCCAUCUUCUACUGUGGUCACGUGUCCUGCUCGCCCUAUUGCGGGGAAUCUUCCACAAGGAACACACCCCGCACUGAGUCACAGCCACUCCUCUCUGCACUGCCACAAAUGGCUCGCUGGUUCCAAUAACACUACUCUGGCUGGAUGGAGGCAGCUCCCACUCAUGCACGUUGCUCCGUGGCGCUAAACUGCCAUGCAUGCCACACUAGCUGCUGCCAUAAGGGCUGAGCUUGGACUACCAUCAACAGCAUCAGCCAUGUGACUCCUGCUACACCCUAUACCCAGCCUGCUUGCCUUGCAGUCCAAGCAAUUGGGGGCUCCAAGCUUCAGAUCAUAAGACACUGCAGUCUAGCUAGUAGUGUCUACUGUAGGCACCCUUUAGGGCUAGCAUGUGUGGUGUGCAUACUGCACAUGAAGAGCCGUCAGUGGAUAGCAUCAGCCACUAGUCAGAAGAUUCCAUGAACACCCCUCUCCACUGUGUCCUUGCCUCCUGUAAGCCGUGAAAGUGAGCCCCACGCGGCCGUGCACCUGUUG